AACUCCCUUCGAUGGACCGCCGUUGCUAAAAAAAAAAAAAAUCCUCCAUAUUUUCAAAGCGCGUCGCAUUCAUUUUCCAUCAAUUUGUUCACAUUUUCAAAGGCCUCUGAAUUUCGAACCCCUCUCUCACAUAUUCUCAGCACAUUUAUUUUCAUAGAUUCAAAGCCCAACCUCAUAUAAAGACCCGUCCACCAUAACCCUACGCCAUCUCUUCCAUCAAAUUGAACUUUACUUUCUCUCUCUCUCUCUCUUUCUCUCUAAGUUGCAGGAGAACAUGGCUUUUCAGCAUCUCAGUCCCUUCGUUUUAUUCAUCUUCUUUCAAUUGUUCCCAACAAUCAAAGCCUUAGGAAAUGAUUCCUGGCCCUUUUUGGAUAACAUUUGCGAUACAGUGGGGUGUGGAAAAGGAAGCUGCAAGGUUAAUACGAGCCAUGCCAUACCCUUUGUUUGUGAGUGCGACCCUGGGUGGAUGCAGUUCCCUUCCAACUCUGCCUUCAAGUUUCUACCCUGUGUUAUCCCAAAGUGCACGGUGAAUUACUCAUGUGACAAGGCGCUGACGCCAGCUCCGGCCGUUGCUCCUCCAACCAAUCACUCCUCCUUGCUUGAUCCUUGCACUUAUGCCUACUGUGGGGGGGGCACUUGUGUGAAGACAGGAGGUUUAGGAUUUCGUUGCGAGUGCAAGGAAGCGUACUCCAACCUUAUGAACACCACUACCUUUCCUUGUUUCAACAAUUGUUAUCUUGGAACUGAUUGUGCAAACCUUGGAAUAGGGUUGAAGAAUGGAUCGGAUUCGCCAUCUGGUCUAUCUCAAAAUACUCCCAUAUCAGGGAAUCAAGCUAGCCCAGGUCACACAUCAAGCAGACACACGGCGGUCUUAUCGGCACUAGUUGGUGUGGUGGUCUCCUUGAUAUAGAGAAUAUGCGUACAAGAUUUUUGGCCAACAUUUACAAUUUUUACAUUGUUAUGUUUUGCUUUGAAAUUACUUCUAUACAAAAUUACCAAUUUAUUGUGGUUUUUAUUGUACAUUAGAAGUUUAUAAUACAAGGCUUUA